AUGGCAAAUAUAUCAGCCGAGCUUCUGGCCAGUAAGCUGCAGGACGCCAUAUCCAAAUACAUAGAACAGAACCAAGUAUCCAAGGCUCUCCAUGAGGAGGCUUUGACCAGCCUGCCCGGCGGAAAUACCCGGACCGUGCUCCAUACAGACCCUUUCCCCUUAUAUAUCAAAUCAGGCAAAGGGUAUCAAGUUACCUCAGAGGACGGAAGGGUUUACACCGACCUAAUCGGGGAGUUCUCUGCAGCUCUAUAUGGCCACUCCAAUGACAAAAUCAUUGGAGCUAUCGAGAAGGCAAUCCACGGCUCUGGCUUGAACAUUGGCGGCACUACUUCGCAGGAGAAGCUCUUUGCGCGUCAACUGUGUGACCGCUUCCAUCUCGAGAGAGUACGCCUCGCCAACUCGGGUACCGAGGCCAACUUGCAUGCCCUGGCAGCUGCAAAGCUCUUUACCGGGAAGAGAAAGGUCGUGGCCUUCAGCAACGGAUAUCAUGGUGGUGUCCUGACCUUCUCAGGUGAUAAGCCAGCUGCCAACAACGUGGAUAUUGAGGACUGGGUCGUUGUCAAGUACAACGAUCUGGAGGGCGCUCAAGCAGCCAUACGAAGGGAGGGCGUAGCCGCUGUGAUCAUGGAAGGUAUGCAAGGUGCAGCUGGCAGUAUAGCUGGGACACCCGAAUUCCUCCACGGGGUACAGAAGGCUGCAAAGGAUGCUGGCGUUGUCUUCAUUCUCGACGAGGUGAUGACUUCAAGGAUGUCUACCAACGGCCUUGCACAUCUCCGCGGGCUAAACCCCGACCUAAAGACCCUCGGAAAGUACUUGGGCGGCGGGUUAGCAUUUGGUGCUUUUGGCGGUAGAGAGGACAUCAUGGCUAUUUUCGAUCCACGGUCCUCGGGCUCGGUUUCCCAUUCAGGUACAUUUAACAACAACACCCUUGUCACUCGCACAGGCUACGUCGGCCUCACAGGAAUAUACACUCCUGAGCGUGCUCAGGCGUUCACUGACGAUGGGGAGGAUCUGAGACGCAGGCUCAAUGAAGCUACCAAAGGGACCCGAGUCUGCUUCACUGGUGUAGGUACUCUCAUGACUGCCCACUUCCCCGUAGAUGGGAAUCGCGACUUUGCUCGAGCCGACAGCGUUGAAGAAUCAGCUGCUCUAAGGGACUUAUUCUGGUACGAGAUGCUAGACCAGGGCUUCUGGCUCGCCCGUCGAGGCUUCAUGGCCUUUAUUCUUGAGACCCCACCAGCUGAGUUUGAUCGGUUUGUCGAAGCAGUUAGACAUUUCAUAUCAAAGUACAAGGAAUUUGUUUCAUUAUAA